CUGCACCAGUUGAUCACUUAAGCAGGGGCAAUGGGGGGUGGUGGGGGGGGGGGGUGUUUCAAAGAAACAUGGGUAUCCUCUGGCGUUCGACAUUUUAAGCACCUUACUAUGAACUAAUGCACUUUAUUGAGAUCGGGAUUUGAAUAUUUCUUUUCGUGCGUGCGUGCGUGUUGAGAAUCAGUGUGCAUCACAACUGGAAGUAUUAGCACGGGCGAUGGUUUUCGGGGGGGGGGGGCGAGCGUUUCAAAGUCGGGGACCUUUAAGUUGAGAGCAAAUCCUUUUUCUCGAAAGACAAACACUGUUGAUAUUUCUGUUUUGCAUUUUUUUACGUUUCUAUAAAAAACAAGUAAAGCUAUUGAAAAAAGGAGUAUAAAAACUUGAAGAUUUGCACUUGCCUAAAAAAACAAGAAAAUCCUUUAAAAAAAAAAAUAAAGAGGGGGUUAGCCGUAGAAGUGGAUAUUUUUGUGAAUGUGUGGGAUUGACUGAUGCGUGAUUUUUUUUUUUUUUUUUUUGUCGGUAUAACAUCAGUGUGCACAAUGUGUUUUUUUUAGUUGCUUACCAAUAUGUGAGAGACAAAAGUGGCCAUUUUUUAUGAUUUUUUUUUUUUUUUUUGUGUGUGUGUGUACUUUAAUGUUCAAGCGUCGAGUUUGAGAGAGGGCAAUUGCACAACACAUCCUUUCUCUUAGCAGCUCUUUAUCCCCACUUUCGGUGGGGAUAAACUCCUUUCGGUCGCGUUUGAAUGGAAUGAAAUCACAGGAGCGUGCGUGAGAUUCUUCCUUUACUGUCGAGACUACAGGUACUCGUUUUGAAUUGUGCUUUUUUUUUUUUUUUUUUUUUGGUGUGUGAAUGCACAUUUGUGCCUAAGAACUUCGAUCGGGUGCGUGGCCAUUAAGACAUUAGCUCUUUUUGAGAGAGAGUGUAACGUGUGUCAGUGCUCAGCACAGUGUAUGUUUUUUAUAUAUAUAUAAAUAUAUAUAUGAAUAUAUAUCCUUGAUGUUUCCAGUUCGGUUUAGGGGCGAUCCAUCGGAAGGUUAGCGGGGGUGCGAUCAUAUUGCCUUUUGUCACCUCUCGAACUCGUGAAUGAAAAUUUUUGAGAGUUUUUUGUUUAUUUACAGCAUCUUAACGGUGCAUGUAAAGUUAGCAUUACGUUACUUGUUUAUCGUUGCAAUUUGAUAAUUUCUUUUAUAUGAGAAAUAUAUAUAUAUAUGGAUAUAUACAAAGUUUAAAAAGUAUUUGGACUAAGAUAACGAGCACUUGGGGCUGCUAUUUUUUGUUUAUUUUUCUCGAGUCGUCAUUCUUUUUGUUUCAUUCUCGCCAUGUGAAGUGUAUUUCUUAAGAUAUUGAAUGUAUUCCAAAAAAAAAAAAGACAAACCCGUGCUGAUAUAUUUUUUUUCCUCUGAAGAUUUCAAAAAAAAAAUGGAAAUGAGAACGCUUCAAAGGUUCUUUAAAGUUUUUUUUUUUUUUUAAAUAGUGGAGGAGGAAAAAAAAACUGUGGAUUGAUAACAGUUGAACACACUGCCUCUACAAAUAUGAUCGUAUAAAUGACUAUGAAUCAAAAAACGACAAAAAACACACAAAAAAAUGGACUUUUUCUAUUCCAUACUGGAGCUUUGGUUGUUUACAAACCACAUGGAUAUCAGUGGGUGCAUCCCCCCCUUUUGUUUUUUUAAAUUUCCAUGUAAAAUGGGCAGGGUUUGCAAGUGCGCUUCUGCCAUGACGGACAUUGAGUGGAGAUCUCGAGGAAACGUGGACAACACCUCUGCCUAACUGGAGCUUUUUAUGGACUGAGGCAUACUGGGGGAAAUCCAAGGAUUGUUUUAUUUUGUAUUUUUUUGUUUAUUUGAUGGAGUGCAAGGGCGACACCGGUCGGAGAAAGAACUGAGAGGCAAUACGAGUCCCCCGGCUCAGUCCUCACCAGCGCUCACCCUGCCCGAACCAACUCACCUAUGCACUUUGUUCAAUUCAAGCUGUGAGGUACCUUUUUUUUUUUUAAGGGGGGGAGGGGGGGACAGGAGCACAACGGGAGGAUGGUUGCGUCACUGAAAAAUUUCCAAAAUGAACUGAAAGACUGGAGCCUCCUGUACAUAACCAUAUUUUUCUAUCACCUUUCAAAGUAGACUACAAGAUUGCUUGUGAACGGAUGAAGGAAAACUCCACACGCCUCAUGUUGGAGUGGAAAAACAAAAAAAAAAUGUUUUUUUUUUUUUUUUUUUUUUUUGGUGAGCGGCUCCAGCAGGACUCAAAAGGAUGUUGCCGCGGCUGGAAGAAUGAAUCCAAAGUCCAAAAUUUCGGCACUGGAGUUAACCUUUUCCAGCGAUCAAAAAUUAAGCGACCCAGUGAACUCUAAGCGUUUCGCAGCCUUCAGGCUUGAGGAAUCCAUCUGUGAGCCAUAACCAUCGUGACCCGCCUCGGACAGGUGCAACCUUAGCCUAACCUGUUUGAACGGGAAGGACAAAAUCCCGCUUGGCUUCGAGUUUAGACGAAGCAUCGGCGAAGCUGUGGAUUUGGGUGGACUGAAGACUAAAGACUAAAAAAAGAAGAAAAACAUGAAAAAAAUAGUCCUGACAUGUUAUCAUGUCGCUUAGAUUCUACAGAUGUGCACCCCAGUUCAAGUGGGGGCCUUGUAAAUAUUGUUAAUAUGUAUGUUGUGUUUGAGUUUUCCUCUCCUGCAUCAAUUUUGCUUUAAAUCUCCACUUCAACAUGCCUUAAAACUGUACAGUUGAGUCCCGAACGGAUUUACUGACAACGUUCACGAAUUUUAAGUCGGACAAAUUGCACGACGGCCUUUGUAACGGGCUUUCUGGUUAUCUCAAGAACAAAGCAGCAAGCUUUUCUUGACCCUUGUGUAUGUACAUAUAUUUAGUUUUUUUUUUUUUUUUUAGGGUGGGUGAGGAAGUGUUUUGUGUGUUUUUUUUUUUUUUUUUUUUUUCUCACCCCAGUGUAGAAUAGUUUUUAGAUGGGCGGCUGAUGCAGACUAAAUAUGAUAUGUGUGGUCUACUGUUUGGAGCUGAGCUGACUAGAAAGAGAAAGCCAAAUUGAGCCAGAUCGUCAUAAAAUGUAGUGAUUCACCGAUACCCGGUUGUGUGGUAUCUGCAAAUACUGUACGAAUGCCACGUUUAUGAAAAAAAAAAUUUACUUGACUGCCAUCCUUCCCACUUCUAAUGGGUUGGAUGUCUUCUUGUGAUACUUGUUUAAAAUCAGAGCAGAAGUUGAAUUGUGAUUUUUAAAGGUCCUUAUAAUUCUUUACUGUAAAUUGCGGUACUUCGCUUCCCAAAUUGCAACAAAUGCUGCAUUUUUAGAUUUAGUAUUUUCUUGGAAUUACAAAUUUAAGAAAUAAGAGCGAUAUACAUCGGCGGUUGGAUUUGAUAUUUUUUUUUAAUGGAGACUGAUUUGUCUACAAUGCGGCUGAUCUUAACCAAAAAUUUGAUUGGAAUUUAUUAUAGUGUUUUAAAAAUGGUUGCAUCUGGUUCGGUUUGGUUUUGACUCGAACUCUCAACAUCAAGUAACCCAGUUAGCUCGGCUCCUACUGUAGUCUUGAAAGCGAUUAAUGAACGUUUAUUCUUCCAAUGGAGAAGGAUAAACUGAAAGAAAUGUAAAUAGUUUGAUUUUUUUGUUUGUUUUUUGGUUUUGUUUGAAGAGCAAAAUAAAUACUAGCAGUUAGCGACUGACUUGGCGUGAUUCACUGACUCAAGAAACCACGUGAAGUGACAUAGUCUCGCGAGAGUUAGGAAUGAAUCCAUUAGCUACACAUGUUGUCGAGCUCUCGGCUUUUAAGUGAGCGCAUUUAAGCUCCACAAGUUUCUUUCCACGAAGGCUGGAUUUUAAACGCAUCCUGGAUGAAGUAUUUAAAUCGCUUUUUCAGAAAUCCAAAGCAAGGAAAAGCUACGAGUCGGGCUAGUGGGUGCUAUGUCCUGGCCCACUAGCAUUUUUACCAAGAAGGCCUGUGCGUACUUGACAGUUCAGGGAACAAAGGCAUGGCUGACAGCGAAGUAAUGGAGGGGAUGGACCUAGAAUCAGAAAAUCUUGACGUCCACCCUCCUGAUCUGCAAGAAGCUAACACAACACAAGCAGAGAUGGAACAGGAUGACAAAAAAACAUCAGAUGAAGAGCUGACAACUUUAGUUGUGGCCACUGAGCAGCAGCAGGAUCUCGAAGCAGGCCAUGAGGAAGAGAUGCAACCAGAAGAUAACCUUAAUGGAACGAAAGACAGUCCUAAUGAAGAACAGCACCUUCCCUUCGACUUUUCCCAGACCCCUCAGUUCCUGACUCGUUCCUGGAGUGAAUACUCGAAUUUCCCAGAGAAUUACCUCAAAGGCUGCAAGUGGGCUCCGGAUGGUUCUUGCAUCUUGAGCAACAGCGCAGACAACGUUCUACGUGUCUACAACCUUCCUCCAGAAGUUUACACCUACGAUUGGGAGGUGCUGCAGGAGAUGAGUCCAGUCCUUAAGAUGGCUGAAGGAGACACAAUUUAUGACUACUGCUGGUUCCCCAACAUGAACUCAUUGGAGCCGACCUCCUGCUUCCUCGCGAGCAGUAGCCGCGACAACCCCGUGCACCUGUGGGAUGCCUUCUCCGGGGAGGUGCGGGCCAGUUUCCGGCCCUACAACCACCUGGACGAGCUGACGGCCGCCCACUCGCUAGGCUUCUCUCCCGAUGGCUCGCGGCUCUACUGCGGCUUCGACAAAACCGUCAGGGUAUUCCACACCGAGCGGCCCGGCAGGGAUUGCGAAGUUCGGCCAACAGCAGCAAAGAAGCAGAGCGGCCAGAGCGGCAUCAUCUCCUGCUUGGCCUUCAGCCCCUGCCAGUCGCUCUACGCCUGCGGCUCGUACUCGCGUUGCGCCGGCCUCUACUCGUGCCAGGAUGGCUCUCCGCUGGCUCUGCUUCCCGCCCGCCACCACGGCGGCCUCACCCACCUCCUCUUCUCUCCCGACGGCUACUAUCUGUACACGGGCGGCCGCAAAGAUCCCGAGAUCUUGUGCUGGGACAUUCGAGAACCCGGACAGGUGGUGUUUUCCCUUCAAAGGAAUGUGGCGACCAAUCAGCGCAUCUACUUCGAUCUCGACCUGUCAGGCAGGUACCUGCUGAGUGGGGACACCGAGGGCACAGUGUCAGUGUGGGACACUCUUUCACCCCCUGCUGGCACUGAGGAGCUACUGCAGCCUCUUCUCAAGUUCCCGGCACAUUGGGACUGCGCCAAUGGAAUCAGCAUCCACCCCACAAUGCCGCUGCUCGCCACAUCCAGCGGCCAGCGGCAGUUCCUGUGGCCUAGUGACGGCGAGGGAGACUCGUCGUCGUCUUGCUCCGACGGCGAGGGGAGCGACAGGACGCCGGAGAAUCGGGGCGACAGGACGCCGGAGAACCGGGGCGACAACGGACUAAGCUUGUGGUGGGCCGGACCGUGCGCCCGCGACACCGCGAAACCUGACGAGGGUCAUUCAGACGCAUAGAAUUGAACUCCUAAAUUGUGUACAUAAGGACAAUUUUUCUUCAGCCUUCCAAAGCUGCAGGGGGCGCUAUAAUCCUUUAAUGGAAGAGUUUCCACUGAGUUUAAUGUGCCUAAAAUUUGCCCAAAAAAUCCAAAUCGGAGUUUGUUCAUGUUAACUUUUGUCCAAAAUACACAAAUUUAAAAAUGGAUAUCUUGCUCUUCAUAGAACAAAUGGUUUGAAUGAAUGAAUGAAUAAUUUUAUUGUCAUCAUCAUCGGUAUCAUUGACAAUCAUUGACAAUUACAAAAUGUGAUAUGAUUUGCCCGAAGGAACCGAAGAAGACAAAGGCGGACGGGAGGAAGCAUAUGCUUAUCAAUUUCCCGUCCCCCAUACAACUAAAGACGCACAUUCAGACAUGGGACAUACAUCAGAUGGCCACAAAACUGUACAAUAACACGAUCAACAAUCUGGGUUUAGAUUUUAUUUCAUUCAAGUCUCCAGGUUUCAAAUUCUUUGGAGCCAUACUGGGAGUCGAGCUUGCUGGCCCUGAGCGCUUAUCGGUUGUUUUUAAUCAAGCCAUUCAAGGAGACCUCCAACUUCUGCUUGGCGUCAGUUGUAAUCCAGAAAUGAUGAGCUCAUUUGCGCGUCGGCACUGGUCGAGAUCGUCAGCCAAAAUUUCCAGCCUCUUGAUGCGAACAUAUCUCUCCUCGACGCCUGCUUGAGUUUGUCGUUUUCAGCGCGAAUUAACUGGAGCUCUCUGACGAUUUGAUUCUAGAGUGCUUCAGGAGCUCAGAGAGUGCGUCUGUACACGGUGAAGGCUGGCUGCGAAAAACGUUUGCGCUAACUCUGUGCCAUUGACAGUGAUACACGUCCAAUCCUGUGGCUUUUUUAUUAUAGUUCUAGUAUAGUUAUACAGUGGGGCAAAUAAGUAUUUAGUCAACCACCAAUUGUGCAAGUUCUCCUACUUGA